UGUGCGGGUUUUUAAAUGCGAGUUAUAAUAUUAGUCAAUUUGAUUUAAAUGUUUGCUCUAAUGAGGCAGUCGUAUUCUAUACAUUUCGCUGGAACUUCGUUGCCAUCACAGCUUGCUGAUAGCUUCACUUGAUCUUCUUUGAUUUUGUUUAUGAAAUUCGAUUUGAGAAUCAACGUAUGUAAUCAAAAAAGGUAAUCUAUGGAUGCCAUGAAAUUUUACUCGCACUGGCAUUCGCAUGACGACGAAAGUUUGACAAGGAGUUCUAGAAGCAAACUUCUAUACGAACGAAGCAGACUACACCUGAAAACACAGAGCUUGUCUAUAAAACGAAAAAAGUUUCAGCUCGACGUGCCACUAUAUAUAUAUAUAUCAAGAUCAGGAUGCGAAACAUGCAAGUUUUGGUCCAGACGCGCGACGGCAAGAAGACCGUCUACGAGGUGGAUAGCUUAGGAACGGUGGCCAGCCUGAAGGCACGGAUCGGGCGAGCCAUGUCCGUGCCCAUGGGCUUCAGUCGACUGUCCUACAAGGGUCGCGAGCUGUCCAAUCAGAGCCUACUGGAGGAUUUGGGGCCCUGUAAGUCCGCCCUGGAUCUCACCUGGAAGCCGGUCGUCCUGACGCAUAAGCCGGGCGACAAGUUCGACAUGUUAGACUAUGACAGGAUGGACGAUAGUGAAAUUAUGUUUACAUUGGUCGGCGGUUACCAGCAACGCCAAGAACACCCUGGUGGCAUAGCCAAUCCACCGGACGGCGUCAGUCAACGAAACUUCAACGCAGAUGACAAUGAUGAACCGGAGGCCCAAGACUUGACUGGACUCGAUUUGUCCUCAACUGAAACCGAUGAUUUACCGGUCAACGGAAAGACGGAGCUGGCCGAUUGCUCCAUUGGAUCUCGUGGAUUCUCUGGAUGUCAAGAUGAAGGACACGAAGAACGACAAUGAGAAGUAGACUGUUAUAAAUUAUUCUGAAUUCCAAAGCUUUGGUCCUCAUUUAAUUUCAAAAUUCCUUUAAACCAAACGCUUUUCAAUUUUCGAUUUUUUCGUUAAAUAAUAAACUUUUAGUCGAUUUUAUCUAUGAUGGAAUCUUACA